AGAAAUUCAUGGAAAUAUAUCAGGGAUUCUUCAAAGGAGGCAAUCCCGAGAAGUUCUGUCAAAACGUCUACAGGACUUUCGAUGAGGACGGCAAUGGAUGGAUCGACUUCAAGGAGUUUCUCUUGGCUAUCGGCAUCACCACCAGUACUAAUCAGCGCGAGAAGCUUAAGUGGGCCUUCAAAAUGUAUGACAUCAAUAAUGAUGGGACCAUAGAAUUGGAUGAAAUGACUAAAAUUAUUAAA